GCAACUACAGUCGGUUGUACGUAUGUUUUGUGUUUACUCGAGCAGCAGGAUUUUGCUUUCUGCAGCUGAUAAUCCCAUCGACAGCAGUUGUUAUCACAUCGUGGGUGUCACUGAUAUGAUAUCUAUUAUCCUAACAAUUACAUUUUUGUUGUUUUCCUACAAUGAGGUAAUGCCGCGUGUCAGCUACAUCAAAGCAAUGGAUGUUUAUCUUGGUUAGUU